AUGAAUAACGAAAAACUCAAACAGCUUCAAGCUCAAACCAAAGUCGGCAGCAAGGGUCAACCCCGACGGAAGGUGAUCAAGAAACCAAAAGGUUUCACAGCUAAUGGAGGACCAGCUGGUGAUGACAAGAAACUUCAAGCCGCGUUGAAAAAAUUGAACGUUCAGCCGAUGAUCGGAAUGGAAGAGGUCAACAUGUUCAAAGACGAAGGAAGCAAGAUCCUACAUUUCUCCAACCCUAAAGUUCACGGCGCCGCCAAUGUAAAUACGUUUGCGAUUCAUGGAAACGGCCAGGAGAAGGACUUGACCGAGCUUGUCCCUGGAAUCUUGCCACAAUUGGGAGCUGAAUCAAUAGCCAACUUGCGUCGGUUGGCGUCUUCCCUUGGUGAUUUGCACCAAGCCAAUUCAAUGUCUUACAAGCCACCAAACAUGGCUGCGGGGGCCAACAACGAUGACGAUGAUGUACCUGCUUUAGUAGACAGUUUUGAUGUGGAUGAGGGUGCUGCACCAGCUGAAACCACCGCAUUUGAAUCAGUAGACUAA